AUGACUGACGACCGAGACGCUAGGAUCCCGGUGGAUAGAGGAUGGGCGUGGAUGGUGUUGGUUGGAUCGUUCGUCAUAUCUACAAUCAAUGUAGGGACAGAAAAAUCUUUCGGAAUUUUCUUCAUAGAAUUUCUUCGACAAUUCAAAGGCACAGUGUUUAUGACUGCAAUGAUUAACACGGUGUGGAAUGUAGUUUUCAGCAUAACAGCGGCUUCAGUCUUAUUAAUUGGCUUUAAAAGACUAAGCAUUAGGAUAUCAGUUUUUCUCGGAAUAACGCUCAGUGCUCUCGGAUAUGGCAUCAGCAGCUUUGCUACCGGGCUGGAAUAUCUACUAGUAUCACAGAGUAUCCUUGUUGGUAUGGGAGCAGCGUUCAACAUUCCACCGAUAUACAUACUAAUUGGUGAUUAUUUUGACAAGAAAAAAGGUAUCGCGAAUGCUGUUUUUGUAGCCGGAAAUUCCUUGGGUGGAGUGAUAAUGCCACCAUUAUACCGUUAUGUAUUUGAUGAAUAUGGAUUGCGUGGAGGACUUAUAAUCACUUCUGGUAUAAUAUUUAAUUCUCUGGUAGCUGCAGCCUUACUUCGUCCGACUACAUUCUACACGGAUCGUAGUCCACAGAAAUCAUCGUUUGGCAGUGUGGAUAAUAACAGUGCUACGACAGCGAAACCCGACGAGGAAAAUAAUGACCCUUCACAUCCAUUUCUAGCAAGGGAAGAAGCAGCAAAACAUUCUGCAAACGCCGACAAUACACAAACGAAUGACUCCAAUGAAGCCGUUGAUAGUGCUAUGGAAGAGAAACUUGAAAAGGCAAAUACUGAUCAAUCAUGUCCAUUUAUUACAAUCAAAGAAAAAGCUGAAUCUUCUGCAAUCUGCAAAAUAUCACACAUUCACGAUUCCAAUGAUACAGCUCAUUCAGAGGGAUGCUUGGUUAAAUGCAAAAAUAAGAUAGAUUGCUCAUUGCUGAAAAACGUUCAUUUUCUACUAUUUCUCUUCAUCUAUUGCAUGGGAAACGUAGCCAUGAUGUGCGCCCACAUCUAUAUUCCGACCUAUGCCAGAGAUAUUGGCAUUGAAGACCAACGUAUUGCUAUCAUCGUCUCCCUAUAUUGUGUAUCAGAUUUCGUGGGACGCAUUGUAGCUGGGUUCCUCUCUGAUCAAAAGUGGAUCACUGCAGAACAGAUUGUUGUUCUCUCGCAGAUUGUUGUUGGUGUGGUUCUGCAGUUUACCGUUUACUACACCUCAUUUCUACGCCUGCUGGUGUUUGUCGCUAUAUUAGGUUGCACAGCUGGCAUGAUUGUCGCUUUAUUCCCGCCAAUGAUGCUAGACAUUGUGGGUAAAGAUCGGUAUCCUAGUGCUAUGGCUAUAUUCAUUCUAUGGAUUUGUCUGUUUGAAGGACUCGCUGUACCAGUUUUGGGAUAUUUUCGUGACAUCAACAACACUUUUCACUUCUCUUUUCAUUUGAUGGGAGCAACGUCAUUUGCAGCUGUAGGACUUCUUAUCAUAUUUUGCAUCUUGAAAAGAAAACGGUCUCGUCAGAAAAAUGAUGAAGAGACUACAUAA